AUGGCGGGCAUUAGACCCUCCAGUAGACUCCUGCUUCUACCUCUUCUUCUGACUGUGGGCGGUCUCAACCCUGCCCAGGCCCAGAGCGAAUGCAAGUGCCCUGCGCUUGGCCCUGCUGUGCUGGCUGGGAUCGUGCUGGGGGAUCUGGUGUUGACUCUCCUUAUCGCCCUGGCUGUGUACUCGCUGGGCCGGCUGGUUUCUCAGAAACGAGGAACUGUGGAAACAGGGACGGGGAAACAGCGCAUUACUGAGAUGGAAUCACCCUAUCAGGAGCUCCAGGGUCAGAAGCCGGAUGUCUACAGUGAUCUCAAAAUACAGAGGCAGUACUACAAAUGA